CGAUUUGAGAACCCCGUUUUUGAAGCGUUGUUGUGAAUCCAAUAUGGCGAUAUUUGAUGUUGUACUAUUUUGAAGAAGUGCACAUGUUUUUAUACAAAUGGGAGUUAAGUAAGUUAAUGUCGAGGUGCAUUAGAUUAGCGCCAUAAUAAUUGAUUCAUUACUUGAGUACAUAGUGUUUAGAGCGCUGACUAUCAUGACAGACACAAGACGAAGAGUUAAGCUUUAUGCUCUGAACGCAGACCGACAGUGGGAUGACAGAGGUACAGGACAUGUGUCGUCAUGUUACGUGGAGAGGUUGAAAGGCACCUCAUUACUCGUGCGUGCAGAGUCAGACGGUUCUCUUCUUUUAGAGAGUAAGAUACAACCCGACACAGCCUAUCAGAAGCAACAGGACACAUUGAUAGUCUGGUCAGAGGGUGACAACUUUGAUUUAGCAUUAAGUUUCCAAGAAAAAGCCGGUUGCGACGAAAUAUGGGAGAAGAUUUGUCAGGUACAAGGAAAAGAUCCUUCAGUUGAAAUAACACAAGACAUAGUGGAAGAAUCAGAAGAUGAGCGGUUUGAUGAGAUGUCGGACAGUGUGCAGCCAGUGGAGCUGCCUGCAUGUGAGAUGGGGCGCCUGGAGGACAUCAGUGAACUUGUCAACAGUUGUCUGGUGUCACCAGCGCGCAAGGACAAGCUGGCAGCUGCCCUAGAAACACAGCAUUACAUCAAGAAAUUACUUAAUCUGUUCCACAUGUGUGAAGACAUUGAAAACAUAGAAGGGUUGCAUCAUCUUUACGAAAUAUUUAAAAGUAUAUUUCUUUUAAACAAAAACACACUGUUUGAAACCAUGUUUGCUGACGACACCAUAUUUGAUGUUGUGGGCUGCCUAGAGUAUGAUCCAAGUCUGCCCCAACCCAAGAAACAUAGAGAAUAUUUACGGGAGCUGGCUAAGUUCCGGGAGGCCAUCCCUAUUAAGAACAAAGAAUUGCUAGCGAAAAUACAUCAAACAUACAGAGUGCAGUACAUUCAAGAUAUUGUUUUACCUACUCCUACAGUUUUUGAGGACAAUUUGCUAAGCACAUUGUCCAGUUUUAUAUUUUUCAAAAAAGUAGAAAUAGUGAAACAUAUAGAGGAAGAUGAGAAAUUUUUGACAGAUUUGUUUAAACUUCUUAUGGAUGAUAAGACACCAGAUCCUAAGAGACGGGACUUAGUUCUGUUUUUAAAGGAAUUUUGUAAUUUUUCACAAAACUUGCAACCUCAAGAUAAGGAUGCGUUUUAUAAAACAUUAGUAUCUCUAGGGAUUCUACCAGCAUUAGAAAUCACUCUAAGUAUAGAUGAUCAGAAGACUAAGACUGCAUCUAUAGACAUUUUAACUUACAUUGUAGAGUUUUCACCUUCUGUAGUGAGGGACCACACACUACAGCAGGCAAACAACACUGAGGAGGAACAAAUGUUACUAAAUAUAGUGAUAGAGCAGAUGUUAAGGGACAGAGACCCGGAGCUGGGUGGCGCAGUGCAGCUCAUGGGAGUCCUUCGCAUACUCUUGGACCCUGAGAGUAUGCUAGCAUCAGUGAAUAAGAGUGAAAAGGCAGAUUUCUUAAAUUUCUUCUACAAACACAGUAUACAAACAUUAAUAGCUCCUCUCCUAGAAAACACAACGGGGGAGAAACCUCUAAAAGAAGACUAUCACACUGUGCAGCUACUUGGACUUGUUCUCGAACUACUGGCCUUCUGCGUUGAGCAUCACACUUAUCAUAUAAAGACCUGUAUAUUGAAUAAGGACCUUCUUCGUCGUAUACUGGUGCUGAUGAGGUCAACGCAUACUUUCCUGGUGCUUGGCGCACUCAGGUUUAUGAGGAAGAUCAUUGCACUCAAGGAUGAAUACUAUAACAGAUAUAUUAUUAAGGGGAACCUAUUUGCACCAGUUAUAGAUGCUUUUCUUAGAAAUAACGGCAGGUACAACUUACUAGACUCUGCAAUACUAGAAUUAUUUGAGUUCAUCAAGUUGGAAGACAUCAAAUCGCUAUGCUCACAUGUCGUUGAAAACUACGGAAAGAUCUUAGAAGACAUUGAAUAUGUACAGACAUUCAAAGCUUUAAAAACGCGGUACGACCAACAUCAGGACAAACUGAAAGAGAGGGAUCGAGGUGAGACAACAUUGAGCGGUAGUGUGGGCGUGGCGGAGGCGGUGGUACCGUCCCUGUUACGUACGCGGUACAGACGCGAAGCGCGCGCGCCCGACGACGAGGAGGAAAUGUGGUUCAACGACGACGAUGAACUCGAGGACGACGCGCCACUCGACGCCCAGCAGACGCACGCGCAUCCCCACGCGCAUCACGCGCUCGAUGCCAUCGGAAAAAUAGUAGAAAAGAAGGUAUGCUCGAAUACGGAAGCUGUCAACGGUCCUAGCAGAGUCCUCCUAAGCACUACGUCACCCAGCAAGCCGACGCACACUGACGUUCAGGUAUCCUCGCCCAGAUUACUCAAUAAGGGUUUGGUGGACUAUGAUGGCGACUCGGACGAGGAGGAGGAAGGGGGCGGCGCGGGGAGCGGUGGAAGCGAGGAGCGCGACGCCAAGCGGCCGCGCCUGGCGUAGUGGCGGCCGCGCGCCGCGGGAUCAAGGAAUAUAGCAGCCAUAGCCUCGCCGCCGUCUGUGCUGCACGUGAUACCACCCAACAUAAGUAAGGUCCUCCUCACUGCGCUGCGGUACUCCACCUGUCCGCGGUCACUGGCUGGCGUACGGCUUGUGGCGGGCGCGAGGCGGCGACCGGAUACUCGGGUUCGGAUGCGUUAUUGUGAUUUGUAGCGUAAGGUUUCACUGUCACUGCCAUCCUACACUUCCACCUUCCAGUAUCCCCGACACCUCGCCCCUGUCACAUGUACAGCCGAUUGCAUUUACAUUGGACACAAUCGGUCGUGUUUACGUGCUCUCGUUAGUGAACCGCUAGACAGUUCUGUACUUCCAGCUGCUGGGUUAUGUCCAUUAUUUGUAAAUAUGAAGUGCUGACACUUGAGUGUUCGACUUUAGUUAGUUAGCGUAUGAAGUUCUUCAUACUUCGUAGUGUAAUAAUAUACUUCAGAUGGCAUCAGAAAGUAGAACAAAUAUUGGUUACAAGGUGUAUUUAAUGUGAACUAAUUUUAACGAUUAGGUUACUUUUGUCAAGGAUUGUAAUCACAAAAAGUACAAAGAAAAUAUGAGUGGGAAUUAAACGUCUAAUAAUAAAUAAUAAUAGAAAAAGAAUAAACACCCUGAACGCGGUAUGAAAAUGUAAAAAUGUACGUAUUUAUAAAAUCUUAGUUUAUGAAGGAUCACAUGACCAAUCUUUUUUUAGAGACAUUUAAAAUCAUAAUUUGUGCUGUGGAAUUGUUACUCACUAGAGCGCUAUUGUAUCGUAACGGAUCGGAUCUAAUAAUCUGUUGCCAGGACGUCGUCAUAUUCUGUCUGCCACCAUCCAGACGAGUCAGCCGUGAACAUAAUAUUCGUAAUAUCAGAUAUACGAUUGUUCUCAAUAUUUUGCAUUCCUUCUGUUGAGCUUCGUGGAGAGAUUACAGUUUGUACUUUUCCGUUUAUUAUUUUUGCAGUAAUCAUUACACGGGCGUUGUUUUAAGCAUGUAGUAUAUUUGCGACAGUGAUCACAUUUGAUUUUAUAACAAAUCUCUUAAGGCUCCGAAUUUGUUGAGAGUAGAGAAUAGUUUAUGGUUUACUGUUUAACACAAUGUUGAUGAAUUAUACUAACAUUCUAACUACUGUUAAGUAGCACUUCCUAUUUAUAAAAUGUUCUAUGUGCCGCUUAACAUUAGCACUUAUGGCACUCUCGGAGUAGUUAAAAUGUUAUUAAUUAUCAAAGGUGAGAUAUUUUAUUUGAACUGAAUACCCAAAGUGUGACUAGAUUGUUUUUAUGUUCCAUAAUUAAAAUUAGCCAAAAUUAGACUAAAUUGAGACUAUUAUUAUAAGAAUUGGAAAUGAAGUACCCACAUGUUGACUGCCUGAUUGUUUAUCAUUAUUUAAAUAAAAAUAAAUUAUUUCUAUGCAAAUUAGUUACAUUAUUUUCGUGGCAUAGAUAAGUUCAAUGGACAUGCGACCUUGCGGCUUAAGUUGUGUGUUAUCUGUUUAGUGGUUCAGCGAAAUUACACAGCAAUACUCAAAAAGAAUGUUAAUGGAGAGAAGUAUAUUUUUGAGGUGGGGUAACACAAAACUUAUAUCCAAAACGUCGUAAGAACAUUAGGGUGGACUAAAUCACUUGAUACAUCAUAUUUUCCGAUCCGGUCUGACAAAUUAUACCAGUUACAUACAUACAGUGAAACUUAGUAGUAGAGAUAUGGCAGUCAGCAUGUUACAUGUUUAUCUGGAUCCUGAAACUCGUAAGGUACUGUGUAGAUACAGUUGAUACUAAAAUGCAGUUUAGACAGCCGUAAAAACGGUUUGCCGGUAUAUAUGUAUACGAUUUUAGUACAUUUUUACAACACGCGAGUUACCUACUCUAUCUACACAGUCCCUUUCAAAUACAAACAGCUUUGUUGCGUACUGGCAGCUACGAAAAUAAUUAAUUUCAUAGUGAUUAUGCCUGCUUCUUGAUUCUUAUUUUGAAAUAAAUUCAAGCAAAAUUGUUGUAAUAUUAGAAAUAAAAUUAUUUAUCAUCUCUUGUUGAUAUUUUUGGGAUCCAGAUUUAUCAUGUCAUUUGGAUUUGGUAUGCAUUUUUUUAUGAUUAACGCGUUUGCUGCUGUCGGUAUUAUAUCUGUGUUUCCAUAUUUGUCUUAAGAAAGAAAGCUUAAUGGAUACAUAGACAGUGUUCGAAUUUGUCAGACGAUACCUUCCGCGGUCAACGUGUUAAAUCUAUGAUAAUAUUUGUAGCCCAUCAGUGAUUUAUGACACUUAUCUUCCUAUGUUAUAGUUAUAUAGUUUCCUAUAAAUCUCUGAUUCUGGGACCCGGUGACGGAUUCAUUUCAUCGCGACGAAAAAAUGCACGAAAAAUAUAAUGUAAUGUUUAUUUUAUUUAUUAAUGUAUUGAAUUUUCAAAAGUAAAACUUAUUAUUUUCUGACACAUUGUCCUAGAAUAAGGUUAAUAUAAUUGUUAGUGUAAUGUCAUGAAAUGGAUCCCACCGAUCGUCCACUGUCUGUAAAAUGUCCACAUUGAAAAUGAAUUAUAAAAUCAGUAUUAAAUCUUUCUUUACUUUCAACAAAAUGUUUCCUAUCUUCGCUUAUAUACGAUUGUUUGUAGCUUUUUUACACUGCGGAAGUAAUGUGUAUGUGAUAAAAUUAUCUGAUUAAGAUCCAUUUUAUUUUAUUACUAUAAACCUCUAGUUUUAUCAUUCGUAUUUUGUAAAUAAUAUUAGAUUUUGUAAAAUACACUUAAAUCUGGUGAUUAUAAACAUCUAUCUUAUAAUAAAUUAAAUAUUUUGCAUAAUCAGAUGUCGCCAGAAACGAUUUAGAUGGAGUGGUCCAAGCAUUAUUUAACAGAAACAAUAACAGUACUGAUCUCAGUUGUAGUAGCCUCCCGGCUUCUUGUAACCUCGUAUAUAAUGUAGCAGUGCUCAAAUAAUAUCUAUCUGGUCAACGGUUUCAAUUUCAUUACGCAUUAGUGUAUCAUUUUGCAUUUACCGAAUGCUCUUCCAUGUGUAUCAAAAAUAUUCUAACUAUAGAUACUUUCUUAAGAUCUAGUUUUUUGUAGUUGCAAGUUUAACAUAAGAUAUUUCGGAAAUGUUAAUAUUUCUGAUUUAGUGUGACACAAGAUGCGAUGGAGCCAUAUUAUCAAAACAUAUUGAAUAUAUUAUUUUAAAAGCAUAGCUUGAUAAAAUACAUUUAAUACUUUUUAGUUAAAUUGAAUGCUCGUGGAGUGUAUUUUAAUAUAAAAUGUGUGCAACAGUUGUCAUAGACAUUGUUCAUAAUAUAAUUUAUAUAACUAGCUGUAUUGUCUCUCGAUUAUAAAGUACUGGCGGCAUGAUUAUGUGACUAAUUGUUGCAAAGGACGGUAGGGUGUGCAUCUCAGUGCGGCCGGCCUCUGGCUCGCUCUACCUCCUCGGUUCCGCAGCCUCUGUGCUUGCACUCUGCAGUACAGUGUCUACGGUACGAAACGUAACGAAGGUAAAUUGAACUGAGCACAAAAUAAAACAACCAAUUUCUAUAAGUUUUCUCUAAAUUAUUUUUCCAGCUAUGGUUUCCUAAGUUUCCUCUUAUUUAUUUUAAUUGACUAACUUGUAUAACGUUUCUAAAUACAUAUCAAUUUUAAUAUGUAUCUGAUAAAGAAAUUAUUGAUCUCUGCCAUGAGAUUUUACAUCUUAUCAAAGAAAUCCGCAACCGCCACUAUUGUAACUAUAUGAUGGUCACACUUCUAUCAGUGCAAAAUAUUCCAGCUUUUUUGACGAAUGCACAGUCAACGCGAGGCGAAUUCAAUUAUUACAUACGUGGAAUGAACUUGUCAGAAUAUAUUGUAAAUACAACGUUUUAUGUAAUAAUUUUAUUUUCAAAUCUGCCAACAUCCACGUGUAUAAUAGGCUAAAAGCAUCGAGCUGUCAAUUAGAUUUAUACGAUUCUUAUAUUCCUUGAAAUAACUUCCCCCUUAAUUUAAAUACGAAGUUCUAGGUGAAAGUAGACUGUAAUAAUGACUAUUUUUUAUCUGUCUAGGUGGAUGACCAUCAUAAAUUAAUUUAUACACAGAUUAAAAUAGAUUUACCUAUCGGCAAGUUGUGUAAAAUAAAUAAGCUUACGAUAAUGCUAUUAUUAUGAUGUCACUAGUUAAGUAAGCAAUAUAAAUAUAAGGUAAUAAUUACGAUUCAUGUUGUUUCUUUCAUACUUCCACAAUUUACUAAGAAAACAAAUAAAAAUUCAAUU